CCUAAAGCUGUCCCAAAAGCUAGCUGUUUGGGAGCCGCUUCUGCUUCUGGCGGCCAUAAGGCGCACACAAGCUGAACCAAACAGGGGCGCGUCUCUCCUCCGGUACCGGCCGGCAUGAGCUCCACCUCAUCGGGCCGCCGCGCCCCCUCAUCUUCGGCGGCGGUCGCCUCGUCGCCGGGACAGAAGCGGGCGAGGGAUGAGGCCAGCAGCGGGUCCCCAUCCGACCCCGACGCCGCCAAAAACCCUCGCCGCGCUUUUGCCUCCUCCCCGUUCGCCGACUUCGGCACCUACAUGGCUGCGAAGAACAGCAAGCUCGCUGCGCAGUUCGAUGCCGACGCCAACACCUCAGGCACGGACGCCGGCGGUCUAUUCGAUGGCGUCUCCAUCUUCGUGGACGGCUUCACAGUCCCUUCUAGCCAGGAGCUGAAAGAGAUUAUGCUGAACAAUGGAGGCCGGUUUGUCAACUACUUUUCCAGGCACACGGUAACACACAUUGUUUGCAGCAACCUGCCUGAUAGCAAAAUGAAGAAUCUGAGAGCAUUCAGCAGAGGACUUCCUGUUGUUAAGCCAGCAUGGGUGGUGGAUUCCCUGGCAGAGAACCGGCUCCUCAACUGUGCUCCUUAUCAAAUAAAUCAGAAUAGUUCUUCAAGCCGAAAGCAGAUGAAGCUUUCUUCUUUCUUUUCUGAGAAACAAAAUGAAAUAUGCCACAAGGGGGAACAAAACAACCAAAAUAAGGAUAUUGAGUUCCAACCUUCAUCUGCUCAGGAGGGAUCACAGUAUCAAAGUGGGGAUUGUGAAAGUGAAGCUUCAAUGGAUACUUUGGAGCUAUCAAAGGACUCGUUGUCCUCAGAUGAACAGAAGGCAUCAGCAUUUGAAGAAAGAGAGAGCGGAGAUUUCACGGUUGAUGAGGGUGAAUACGAUUAUGAAACUGCCUGUUCGGAGAGCCGUAAUGACACAGAUGGUAACCUUGGUGUGCCUCAAUCCCCUAAUGCAAAGUCAAGGUGUUCAAACUUAUUCAGUACAAGAUCUACAGGCAGUCAUUUGUCCUUGUCAUUGGAGAAAAGUGCAGCUAAACCUUCUGGCCGACCACAUUCAACCCUAACAGAUCCAAAUUUUGUUGAGAACUAUUUCAAGUACUCUCGACUGCACUUCAUUGGGACAUGGAGAAACCGGUAUCGGAAGCGCUUCUCAAAUUUGCUAGAAGCUAAAGGCAUUAAGUUGAGUGCUGAUCAUUCAGGGAAGAAGAAAACAAUCAUUCAUAUUGAUAUGGAUUGCUUUUUCGUGUCUGUGGUCAUCAGAAAUAUGCCAGAGCUGCAUGAUAAACCAGUAGCAGUUUGCCAUUCGGACAAUCCUAAAGGAACAGCAGAAAUAUCGUCUGCAAACUAUCCUGCUCGAAACUAUGGGAUAAAGGCUGGCAUGUUUGUUAGAGAUGCUAAAGCUCGGUGCCCUCACCUAAUGAUCGUUCCUUAUAACUUUGAUGCAUAUGAGGAGGUUGCUGAUCAGUUCUAUGGUACUUUGCACAAACAUUGCAGUAAGGUUCAGGCUUUGAGUUGUGAUGAAGCUUUUUUGGAUAUGACUGAAUGCUUACAUGACAAUCCUGAGGAAGUAACACAGAGAAUAAGAAGUGAGAUUUUUCAUGCAACAAAGUGUACUGCUAGUGCAGGAAUUGCUGAAAACAUGCUCCUAGCUCGAUUGGCUACUAGAUCUGCAAAGCCGAAUGGACAAUGCUUUAUUCCAUCCGAAAAGAAAAUCACUAGUGGUGCCACUCCCUCUAAAAGGAUGUACUUUGUACUACAUGCUGCUGAUGAUUAUCUGAGUAGUCUCUCUAUCAAAGCACUUCCAGGCAUUGGUCAUACAGUUUCAUCUAAACUGAAAAGCAAAGAAAUUGAAUAUUGUAGUCAACUUCGCAAUGUUUCAAAGGAUGCCCUCCACAAGGAUUUCGGAAAAAAGACUGGUGAUCUUUUAUGGAAUUAUUGUAGAGGAAUUGAUCAUUCAAUUGUUGGAUCUGUUCAGGAAACAAAAUCUGUGGGUGCCGAAAUUAACUGGGGAGUCAGAUUUAAUGACAACAAAGAUGCCGAACAUUUUCUUAACAACCUUUGCAAGGAGGUUUCUCUACGCUUGCAGGGUUGUGGAGUUCAGGGACGUACUAUUACCCUUAAGGUGAAAACAAGAAGGGAAGGUGCUGGGGAACCAAUAAAAUAUAUGGGAUGUGGUGACUGUGAAACCACGAGUCGUUCUAUGACGAUUGCAGGUGCAACUGACAGUUUUGUCACUCUCCAGAGAAUUGCAAAACAAUUAUUUUCAGCUCUUCAUCUUGAUGUGAAGGAAGUUCGUGGAAUUGGACUGUCACUAUCAAAGCUUGAGCAUGCAGAUUUGGGCCGGGGAGCAUCGCAAGGACAUAUGCUUGAAUCGUGGCUUGCUUCACCAGCCGCCAAGCUCAAGAAACAGCAGAGUGAGAUACUGGGGAAUGUUAAUGUUGCAGGGACCAGCGGACUGAAGGAUUUGAGAUCUGGACCAUCACAUACAGCAGAAGCGAACCUUAGAAAUGAUAGGUCUACUGUAUUUCACAAUGUCGAGCUGCCUCCGUUGUCCCAACUUGAUUUGGAGGUCCUGAAGAACCUUCCCCCAGAGAUAAUGUCUGAAAUGAAUGAAAUGUACAAGGGAGAAUUACAAAGUCUUGUGGACACCCUCAAUAGUGACAAGGGCAAGGAAAAUAGUUCAAAAUCUCUUGCUUUGCCUGCAGUUAUUCGUAAGUCUGUACCUGCCGAUGCAAAGCUUCAAGGAUACAGAGACCACAGAGACUCCAUGCAUUUGGAGGAGGAACAUACUAAGGGAAAAUCUGACAAACAACUAUCAGAAGCUAAACCAGCCAAUAAUGCUUCAUGCUCAAGAGUUAGUGCAUCAAUUGAGAAAACAACAAAAAGUGUUACACAACUUGAUUUGAUGCCUGAUUCGCUAAGCCAGGCAGAUCUAACAGUUCUGCAGGAAUUACCUGAGGAUGUGAAGGCUGAUUUGUUUAGUGCACUUCCACUGCAUAGAUCAGGAGAUCCUGCAUGCAGCACUUCCAAUGUAUCUGAAAGUAAAUCACCUAAUGUGGUUAGAGCUGAAAAUAGAUCUUCUAAUGAUGGUGGAACUGAUGAUCUGAAAACCCCAAGGUCUUUUCUCCCACCAGGAAGUUCUCAAAAAUGGAUCGAACAGUUUAGAGUUAGCAGUUGCCUGAUUUUGAACGUAAUUGCAGAGCAACACACAGAUUCCAGCUGUCAACGACCAUUGUCUUCUGUUCUAGAGCCUGUAGCUUCGUUCCUACCUUUGUGUCCUAACCCAGGUAGUGAAGAAUGGAAUGAAACUCAUUCAUGUCUCUCCGAGCUUCUUAGACACUACAUACAACUGAAAGUUGAAUAUGAUAUUGAAGAGCUCUACAAAUGUUUUUGCCUUUUGAAAAGAUUCUCGUCAGCAUCAGAGUUUUUUCUGGAUCUACAUGAUAGCAUCCUUCCUUUCCUACAGGAUUCUAUCAGCCAGCAUUACGGUGGGACACUGCAAUUCUAGCUCCUUGCUCAAGUUGUAGCCAUUCUAUUUUGCUAGAAAGGAAGAAGCAAUGCCGUGAAUGUGCGGAGAGACGUGUUAUGACAAUCUGCGCCUCCAAGCAGCUACUCAAAUCCCGUGCUGGCAGAUUCCUUGGACGCGUUUAUAACUUUAUUAUAACUAAUUGAUGCCAAUGCUGGAAGUUUUAUUGAUAUAUUCAUUGCAUCUAUGGAUCAAUAGAUGCCAUGUGGUUCGAUAUAUCAUUCGUGGAGCAAUGGUUUGAAGGGACCUUUGCUGUGCUUUGAUGUUCCCAGGCGAAUUUCAUGUUUGCUUCAUAACCCAUAUGAAUUUCAUGUUAUCUUUGUGUUGCUACCAAAAAGGUUCCUGGUUUGAA